AUGACACAAGAAAGUUAUUAUGUUUUCAUUUCAACCAUUGAGUUGAGGCCGCUACAAUCUACAAUGUACAACACUUCCAAUGAUUUCAACUACAACGCCUUAAAACGAUCCUAUGGUAUAAAUUUUGGCGGCCCUGAUUGGAUAAACUUUCCCCAGGACCAGUAUGAUCGCAUGUGGAAACCAUUUCCGGUGCCAUUAACAACAAGUAUCAGCACGAAUGAAUCCUCUUUUCGGAGUGUAAAAAACCAACCACCUGUAUCAGUAUUAAAGACUGCUAUUACAUCGAGAGUAGGGGAAGAAUUGCUUAUUUCAGAGUGGUUCAAUGCUGUCCCGGGCAUUUACUACUUUGCUCUUUACUUGUGUAACAUCAAUAAGACAAGUGUUUCAGGGAACAACACAUUCCAGGUCUUCAUUGGCAAUGUUCAAAUUGCAGAAACAGAAGUUCCUGAGUAUAUGUACUGUUCGUCACCAGAAACUCGUCUAGAGCUUAGCACAACUGAUUCUACAGAUAUAAGAAUACGUUCAAAAGCAGGAUCCGAGAUGAGGCCAUUCAUAAAUGCAGCUGAAGCAUAUCAAAUAGUAAACAUCACCAAUAUGACACGCCGGAGAUGGAAUUUAACAAGCAUGGGUCUCACUGGAAAUAUACCUCCAAGCAUAGCGAACUUAACAGCAUUACAACAGUUGAACAACAAAUUAGAUGGAGAUGUGCCACCUGGUUUAAUCAAGCCUGGUUUAAACCUCGAAGUUCAUCCUCAAAAUAAGCCUCCACAGGGGAGGAAAGACAAAGGUUGGGUUAUAGGACCUGCUAUUGGCUAUAAAGAUGAUCCAAAUGAAUUUGAAAAAGUGGUGGUAGAAUAUAGUGAAGAAGAUAUUAAAGCAGCUACAAACAACUAUUCUACACUAAUUGGUAAGGGAGGCUUUGAAUCUGUGUUUUAUGGUCAACUUUCAGGAAAUAAUGUUGCAGUGAAGAUACUUUCAACAGACUCAUCUCAAGGAAAACAAGAAUUUCGAAUCGAGGCAAGUUAUAGUAGCCCUAGUAUACGAAUUUAUGGAAUGUGGAACAUUGGCGGACCAUUUACACGGUACUAUUUAUUCCAUGUAGUCUGA